UGAACCGGAAGUCGGCCGCGGGCUCCGCCCGUCGCGCCGGGGGAGGCACUUUCGGACGGCCCACGGAGCUGCAGCCGACCUACGAGUCCUCCUUGCUGACACUAUGCUCCAGUUCCUGCUUGGAUUUACUCUUGGCAACGUGGUGGGAAUGUACCUGGCUCAGAACUAUGACAUACCAAACCUGGCUAAAAAACUUGAAGAAAUUAAAAAGGACGUGGACGCCAAGAAGAAACCCCCUAGUUCAUGAGGCCGACUCCAGCACUGCCUCCUGGAUAAACUGAUUCUACUGUUCUUGAGGGCCUCGUUUACCAUCUGAACCAAAAGCUUUUGUUUUCAUCUCCAGCCUCAGCAAUUUUCUUCUUUGCUAGACCCUGCAUUGCCUUACAGCACAAAUGGGGCCACAAGUUAAGAACAGCCCUUACUUUUCCAACAUCCUCACUUCUUCCCUUCCUCCUUCCAGCCACUUGGGAGGUCCUGAGAAUGGAAUUAUGGUGCUAGAUUAGUAAACAUGACCUUUAAUUAGUAGUCUCUCCCUUAUUCUUUGGGAUUUCUACUACCGUUUUCAAAAGAAAAAUUGAUGAGUUUUGUAUAGCUGAUGAGAUAUAAAUAAUGCUGAUUUCACAGUCUAGCAAUUAUAUUGGGUGUUUAAACCUUUGGUACUAAAUUAUGUUGUUUCAAAGUAGUAAUUAAAAUGAAAAUCUAGAAGCCAGUUUCUGGUGAAUUAUCCACUAAUUUUAUGUUGUUGUCAGGAAGCUCCAUAGUUGCUAAUUUAACCAAUAAAUCAAUUUGCUGUUCAUUAACCAAGAAACCCUGUUCUGAGAACCCUAUCAGGAACUGGGGAAUUCAAAAGUAUUUAAAGUAAUGGCCUUUGUCCUCAGUAGAAUUCAUAGUCUGGUAUGCAUGUUUUUUCCUAAUGAUGCAUUUGAUCUGGCUCUGUUCUCUCAUAAGAAUCAUACUUAUUUUAUGGGAUUACAGGCACAUUUGACAUUACAUGGUAGAUAAAUGAGAAGUUGUGUAGAAAGGAAAUUUUAUGCCUUUUUACAUUUAAAAAAAUGUAUUUAAAUUAUAACUUUAUAGAGAUUCUCAUAA